AUGUUGUUGGUAUUUUUAUUGUUAUUAAUCAAUAAUCAACAGAUUGAUUGUCAAGAAUCACCAUCAAUUUUACUUGUUAAUCUACUCCAAUUUCACAAUUCAAAGGGUAUUACUAGCAAUGGUCAAUGUUGUGAUGGCUCAUUUCCUUUGUCAGAUCAUUGUCCUAUAUCAAUAUCCUGUCAUCUAAAUACAAUUGUCUGUUUGGAUUUCAUCAAUAGUGAAACUCAAACGAAUUGGACUAUAUGUCCACUAGGAACAAAAUCAAUACGAACAAAAAUAAAUACCACUAACUUAUUUAAUUAUUAUGCAAUAGAAGAUACAGAUGAUCUUUUACCAUUGCAAUUUGAAUUACCACCAAUAAGUGAUAAUUCAAUUAAUAUAAAAAUUUUUGUUUUUUCUGACAAUAUAAAUAUGUUACUCAAUCAUUUCUAUACUACAUUUCGUAUUGAUAUGUCGUAUUCAUCAGCCACCGAUGGAGUAUUUCAACAAUCAGCAAUUCUUGAUCGGUCAAAACCGCCAUCCGAUAUCAAUCAAAUAAUUGUUGCUUUAAAAACUUAUUGUCGGCCUACAUUUUAUGGCAAACAAUGUUCAAUUCAAUGUAUACCAAAUGAUGAUUGUACAAGUUCAUAUACUUGUGAUCGAGUCACAGGUCAAAAGAUUUGUUCAUCAGGCUGGUUUGGAAGUGAAUGUUCGAUACGUCAAAAAUCUUCGACAUGUUUAUCAUCGGGAUUAACUUGUUUUAAUGAUGGCUUUUGUCGAAAAAAUCAGUCAACAUGCUGUUGUCCUAUUGGUUUUACUGGUUCAAAUUGUCAAUAUCUCGCAACAUGUAUACCUGGUGUAAACUGUUUGAAUGGUGGUUCAUGUAAUCCAAUGUAUGAUACCAUUUCGCGAACGCACUAUUUUACUUGCCAUUGUUCGCUUGGUUAUACGGGUUUACAUUGUCAAGAAAAACAGCAAUGUCCGUCGUCCUACUAUGGUUCUAAUUGUACUGUUGAAUGUUCACCAUCGAAUACAUGUUCUCAAGGGCAUUACUAUUGUAAUUCAAAAGGAGAAAGAACUUGUUUAAAUGGUUGGGGUCCAAACAAUAAGUGUACACAAAAAAUGAUUGCGCCAAUUUUUGAUCCUGACUGUCCAAUGUCAACAGGUUGUCUAAAUGGUGGUUCGUGUUUUAAUGGCUCAUGUUGUUGUCCGCCUACUUAUACAGGACGUCUAUGUGAAAUAUCUAUUGAUCCAUGUGCAAAUAAUCCAUGCCAAAAUAAUGCUCUAUGUUUAUCAACGUCUACUGGCUAUAAAUGUUUAUGUUCAAGUUCUAUUUAUACAGGCUCAUUAUGUGAAAAAAACCAAAGUCCAUGUCUUUAUUCCCGAUGUCAAAAUGGCAUGUGUCAAUCAUUAGAGAAUUCAAAUUCAUUUAGUUGUAUUUGCUAUCCCGGUUUUACCGGUCAAUUUUGUCAUUUAAAAAUUGAUUAUUGUUUAUCACAACCAUGUGAAAAUAAGGGAAUAUGUGCUAGUGUAGCAACAGGUUUUGUUUGUACUUGUCCAUCAAAUUUCCAUGGAACAACGUGUUCAAAUGCAAUCAAUCCAUGUUUAAAUGAAUCCUGUUUAGAUAAUAAUCAUAUAAUUGAUUGUCCACAAGGUUUAACAGGCCCACCAGAUUGUGUAACAGAUAUAGAUGAAUGUUUACUUGAAAAUGAACCAUGUAAAAAUGGUGGUUUAUGUAUAAAUACGAUUGGUAGUUAUCAUUGUGAAUGUUAUGAACAUUAUCAAGGAAGUGACUGUAGUAUUCCAAUUGAUUCAUGUACCAGUAGUCCAUGCAUUGCAUCGAAUUCGAUAUCUUGUACAUCAGUUAUAAGUGACACCAAUUCAAUAGAUUUUAAGUGUACAUGUCGUGUAGGAUUUACUGGAAGUCACUGUGAAAUUGAAUUAAAUCCAUGUAUGGAUAACCCAUGUGCGCAUGGUAAAUGUAUCGUGUUAACACCAUUAACAUGGUCUUGCACUUGUGAACCUGGUUGGACUGGAAUUGAAUGUAAAGAUAAUAUCAAUGAAUGUCAAUAUAAUCCAUGUCUGAAUGGGGGUAUAUGUAUUGAUGGUAUGAAUAAAUAUUUUUGUGAAUGUUUACCAAGUUUUAUGGGCGAACAUUGUCAAAACGAAAAUAAUUCAUGUUUAAGUUUUCCGUGCAUGAAUAAUGGUAUAUGUAUCAACAAUAUUGAAUCGUAUUCAUGUUUAUGUUCAAUUGGUUGGACAGGAAAUUCAUGUGAUAUGAAUGUAGAUGAAUGUUUAUUUCCAUUGUCGUGCCAUCCAAAUGCAACAUGUGUUGAUUUACCUGGCUCAUAUACAUGUGUAUGUCCAUCGUGGUUAACAGGUGAAAAUUGUUUAACAGCAAUUGAUCAGUGUGAAACAUUUUCUUGUUUAAAUAAUGGUGUUUGUGUAAAUAAUUUUGGAAGUCUACCAACUUGCCAUUGUCAAUCAGGUUUUACAGGUGUACAUUGUGAAAUAAAUAUUGAUGAUUGUCAAGCAACACCGUGCUAUAACAAUGGAACAUGUAUAGAUCAAACAAAUAGCUUCUUAUGUCUGUGUUCAUCGGGUUACACUGGUUUAAGAUGUCAAACAAUAAUAAGUCAAUGUAAUAGUUUACCUUGUUUACAUGGUGGUACAUGUCGUAUUGGAAAUAUGAAUGAUAGUCAAGAUUUUAAUUGUCUUUGUCCACCAUAUUUUACUGGCAAACAAUGUGAAGAAAUAAUUAAUCCAUGUUUAAGUUUUCCUUGCAUACAUGGAAGUUGUAUACCAAAGACACCAUCAUAUUCAUGUCAAUGUAAUAAUGGAUAUAAAGGUAAAAAUUGUGAAACAACAAUUGAUCAAUGUUCAUCGAGGCCGUGUGGAUCACAUGGAAACUGUACAAAUUUAUCAACAAAAUUUAGUUGUUGCUGUGCACCAGGUUAUACAGGAUUAGAAUGUGAACAAUUAGUUGAUGUUUGUGUAACAAAUCCAUGUUCAAUUGAAGGGGUUGAACGUUGUGUAACAACAGGAAUAUCAUCAUUCAGUUGUGUAUGCAAAUCGGGAUAUUCCGGUCGGUAUUGUGAAAUUAAUAUCAAUGAAUGUUUAUCGAAACCGUGUUUAAAUGGUGGUAUUUGUAUUGAUUUUCAAAAUACUUAUCAAUGCAUUUGUCCGUUGAUUUAUACUGGUGUUAAUUGUGAAUAUUUACAAGAUAAAUGUGUAGGAAUUCAAUGUUUAAAUGGUGGUCAAUGUAUAAAUAAUGGAGUCAAUCUAACAUGUUCAUGUUCAAAAGGAUAUCAUGGAGAAAAUUGUGAACUAAUCAUUGAUUAUUGCCAAUCACAACCCUGUUUAAAUGGCGGUGUUUGUUCAAAUACAGAAUUAGGAGCUCAAUGUACAUGUACAAAUGGAAUUACUGGUUUAUUCUGUGAGACAAUAAUUGAUCAAUGUGAAUCUGAACCUUGUAAAAAUAAUGGAACGUGUAAAUCAUUAAUCGAUAAAUAUGUUUGUCUUUGUCCGAACGGUUAUAUGGGCGUUCAAUGUGAAGAUGACAGAAAGGAAUGUGAACCAGUAAAUCCAUGCUUAAAUUCUGGACGAUGCAUCGAUGGUUUAAAUAAUUUUUCAUGUAUCUGUAAUCCAGGUUUUACGGGCUAUUAUUGUGAAACGCAAAUUGAUCAAUGCCAAUCGAAUCCCUGUUUAAAUGGUGCACUUUGUCGAACAUUAAUUAAUAGUUUUAAAUGUGAAUGUCCACAAGGAUAUACAGGAUCGACUUGUUCAUCAAUGAUUAAUCAUUGUACAAGUAAUCCAUGUUUAAACAAUGGUUUCUGUAUACCAUUGAUCAAUGAUUAUCGUUGUGUAUGUCUUCAUGAUUAUAUUGGUUUAAAUUGUGAAAAAGUUUCUAAUGAAUGUUCAUUGAAUCCAUGUUUAAAUAAUGGAACUUGUAUUGAUCAAGUUUGGAAUUAUACAUGUCAAUGUCUUGAUAGUUUUACUGGAUCAAAUUGUCAGAUACAAAAAAAUCAUUGCGAAAGUUCACCAUGCAUUAAAGGAUUGUGUGUAAAUAAGAUAAAUGGAUAUGAUUGUAUAUGUCCAUCGUCGUCAUAUACAGGAGCUCAUUGUGAAAUACAAAUAAGCAAAUGUGCUUCAAAUCCUUGUUUACAUGGGGGCAGUUGUAUUGAUGGUUUAGAUAAUUUUAUAUGCAUUUGUCCAGCAUGGUUUUCGGGUUUAACUUGUUCACAACGAAUCAAUCCAUGUUCAAGUAAAAAUACUUGUGCAAAUAAUGGAACUUGCAUAGUAGAUGUUGAUAUAAAACCAUUCGGAUAUAAAUGCCAAUGUUUACCCGGUUUUAUGGGACAAAUGUGUGAAGUUAAUGUUGAUGAUUGUUCAUCACAACUAUGUAGACAUGGACAAUGUAUUGAUAAAAUCAAUGGAUUUAUGUGUAAAUGUUAUGAUGGAUAUGAUGGAAUUUUUUGUGAUAGUGUAAUUAAUCAAUGUGGAAAUUCACCGUGUCAGAAUAAUGGCAUUUGCCAAUCGUUAAUCAAUACCUAUCAAUGUCUUUGUUUAUCUGGUUAUCAAGGCAAAAAUUGCGAAAAAAAGAUAAUAAAACCAUGUUUAGCGAAUCCUUGUGUAAAUAAUGGUACAUGUACAUUAUUAUCAGACGAUGAUUUUCAAUGUAAUUGUUUACUUGGUUAUUCAGGUGAAACGUGUGAAAUAAAAUUUCAUGCAUGUAGUUCCAAUCCAUGUCGUUCUGGAACAUGUCAUGAUAUUGCAAAUGGAUUUUAUUAUUGUUCAUGUAUAUCAGGUUAUACAGGAUUUAAUUGUGAAACAGAAAUAGAUUCAUGUGAUAGUUUACCUUGUUUGCAUAAUGGCGUAUGUAAUAAUUUAGCAUCGAAUCUGUUUUCUUGUACUUGUACAAAUGGACAUUAUGGUGCACAAUGCCAAUAUAUUGAUUAUCAAUGUGAUUCUGGACCUUGUUUAAAUAAUGGCACAUGUAUGACAAGUAAUAAUGGCUAUCAAUGUAUAUGUCCAGUUGGUUUAACAGGUAACCGUUGUGAAAUUGAUAUAAACGAAUGUAUAUCAAUGCCAUGCCAAAAUCAUGGAAUUUGUUUACAAUCAAAAUUGAACCAAUAUCAAUGUCUUUGCCCAACUGGUUACACUGGUAUGCACUGUGAAGAGAAUAUUGAUCCAUGUUUAUCAAUUUUAUGUUUAAAUAAUGGUACAUGUAUUCGAACAAGUCUAUCAACAGGAAUAUGUUCAUGUUUAUCAGGAUAUACAGGUUUAUCGUGUCAAAAUCAAAUCAAUACAUGUUUAAGUGCACCAUGUUUAAAUGGUACAUGUAUUCCAUUGAUUAAUUCAUAUCAAUGUAAUUGUUUUCCGGGUUAUACUGGUCAACGAUGCGAUACAGCAGUAGAUUAUUGUUCACCAAAUCCAUGUAGUAAUAAUGGUACAUGCAUAAAUCAAGCAACAUCAUUUGCUUGUCAAUGCUCAUAUGGUUUUCAAGGUCGUAAAUGUGUUAUACGUGUACAAUCAUGCCAAUCGUCGCCAUGUUUAAAUGGUGGAACAUGUUACGAUGUUGCACCGGGUUUACAUCAUUGUUCAUGUCCUAGUUAUUAUCGUGGGGAAUUUUGCCAAUUACGUGAUUCAUUUUGUUUAGAUAUGCCAUGUAAAAAUAAUGGUAUCUGUUUAGAUACAUUGAAUGGCUAUCAGUGCAUAUGUCAACCUGGUUAUAAUGGAAUAAAUUGUACGUAUGAAAUUCAACCAUGCAAAUCAAAUCCAUGUUCAAAUAAUGGCCUAUGUCGAAAUACAAAUAAUGGAUUGAGUUAUCAAUGUUCAUGUUCCAAAGGUUAUGCUGGCCUACAGUGUGAAUUUGAAAUAGAUUGGUGUUUAUCAAAUCCAUGUCAAAAUCAAGGAACAUGCAAAUCUCAAUUGACAUCAUUUAUUUGUCUAUGUUCAUCAUCAUAUACAGGUAGAAUUUGUCAAACGCCAAUCAGUAAUUGUUCGUUGGCAACAUGUAAAUAUGGUGUGCCACGUAUAUUAAGUUUAACAAGUUGUUCAUGUGUUUGUUCAACUGGUUAUACGGGUAGUCGUUGUGAUAUACCAAUUAAUCCAUGUUUAAAUGAUUCAUAUUGUGUACGUGGUAAAUGUAAUUAUCUUGGUCCGGGCUUAGCUGAUUGUACAUGUCCAAUUGGCUAUAGUGGAGUUCGUUGUGAUACAAUCUCAUUAAGUGGUGCAUGUUCAUCAUGUCCUUGUUUAUAUGGAAAAUGUCGAACUAUUGAUGAUAUAAAUAGUUAUAUUUGUGAUUGCUAUCAAGGCUAUGAAGGUAAACAGUGUGAUAUAUCAAUAGAUUUAUGUAAACCAAAUCCAUGUUUAUAUGGCCAUUGUUAUUUUGACGAAAACAACGGUUAUAAUUGUCAAUGUUUACCGGGUUCGACGGGUAGAAAUUGUUCAAUAUUAAUUGAUACAUGUGGUUCAAAUCCUUGUUCGCAUGAUGGUGUUUGUAUCCAAGGUUUAAAUUCGUAUCAAUGCGUUUGUCAACCUGGUUAUGCAGGUAUACAUUGUGAAGUGUUAAUUAAUCAAUGCUCAUCCUUACUAUGUUCACAUAAUGGCACAUGUGUCAAUCUUCCAACAGACCCGCCUAGUGCCCGAUGUCAAUGUCCAUCAUUAUAUACGGGUACACAAUGUCAAUAUUUAAAUGCACCAUGUACAUCGCAGCCAUGUCAAAAUUUGGGAACAUGCGUAUCUGAUGAUAUAUCUUCUUACAGAUGCGUUUGUCCAAAUGGAUUUUCCGGUAUAAAUUGUGAAGUUCAUAUACAAGUUUGUGAUAGUAGUCCUUGUCAAAAUAACGGAAGAUGCUCGGAACCAGCACCCUAUUAUUAUUUAUGUCAAUGUUCAUGGCCUUUUUAUGGUAUUAAUUGUGAAUUAAUGUUUGAUCCUUGUUUAAGUUAUCCAUGUCGAGGACCAUUGUCACAAUGUAUUUCAACACCAAUGUAUCAAAAUUAUACUUGUCUUUGUUCUCAAGGUUUCGAUGGUUCAACAUGUUCAACACCACUUGACCCAUGUGAAUCAAGUCCUUGUCGCAACCAUGGCUCUUGUAUUAGAACAGGAUUUUUAACGUAUGCUUGCUCAUGCCAAGUUGGUUAUGAAGGAAAUAAUUGUGAAACUGAAAUACAGCCAUGUUUAAAUUAUGCGUGCCAACAUGGAAUAGCUAUUAGAACAUCGUUAAUAAAUUGUGAAUGUCAAUGUAUAGAAUCAUAUUAUGGAAAAUUCUGUGAAAUGAAUAUUUGUGAGCAUAAUCCAUGUUUAGUAGGAACGUGUAUUCCAGAUGGUAAUACCACUUAUACGUGUAAUUGUCCAGAAGGAUUUCAAUUUGUAAUGGGAGUAUGUGCAGAUAUUAAUGAAUGUAGAACAAAUGUAUCACUCUGUGGAAAUGGCGGAAGAUGUUUAAAUACAUACGGAUCAUAUUCAUGUUUUUGUAAAACAGGCUUUUACGGAAAAAAUUGUGAAAUUUUUGAUCUAUGUCGAUCGAUGCCUUGUAUAAAUGGUGGAACCUGUAUAGCGAAUGAAAAUUAUCCUUAUUGGCAAUGUAAUUGUCCUUUAUCUUAUACGGGCUCUCAUUGUGAAACAUCUUUACUUAGUUGUUCAGCAAAUCCGUGUCAAACGGGAACUUGUAUUAAUCUUUCACACGGUGACUAUCAAUGUCUAUGUCCAACAGGUAUUACAGGUAAAAAUUGUGAUACAUCAAUGUUACCAUGUGAUUCUAAUCCAUGUUCAAAUAAUUCAACAUGCUUAUCAUUCACAUUAACAAAUUAUACUUGUGUAUGUCCCAAGUUUUAUAUGGGUUCACACUGUUCCGAGAGAAAAACUAUUUGUUCGAAGAAUUUAUGUCAAGGAAAUGCAAUAUGUGUUGUUAAUCCUAAUUCGGGAGAAGAAGUUUGUUUAUGUCCUUCUGGACGUUAUGGAAUAAAUUGUGAACUUAUUGCGGCUUGUGAAUUAAAUCCAUGUGUUCAUGGAACAUGUCACAAUAAUGAUGAGAACACAUUUCAAUGCAUAUGUCAACCUGGAUUUACUGGCACAACAUGCGAUAUGCCAUCUGAUUUUUGUAAUACAAAUCCAUGCACAAAUGGUGGAACUUGUUCAAAUUUAGGCAAUGGAUCAUUUAUUUGUGCUUGUCUACAAGAUUUUACAGGAUCUGAUUGUAGUGUUGCUCAUUGUACAAAAAAUAGUUGUUUCAAUGGUGGUACUUGCUCUAUUCAAAAUAAAGCACUUCAAUGCACAUGUCCAUGUGGAUACACUGGAACACGCUGUGAAACUCCAUUUGACACAUGUGCAUUAACUGUAUGUCAAAAUAAUGCUACUCGACUUAUGAAUACAACAACAUGUCAAUGCUCAUGUUUAUGUCCUUCAACAUUUACUGGUCAUCUUUGUGAAUCGCCAAUCAUACAAAUAAAUAGAACAUAUCCAGGACAAAUUGUAAUUUCAACAAAACGAUUAGGAGGAUCAUCAUGGGACAAUGUUAUGCAAUGUAUUGAUCAAGUAUGGAAUAAUUUAAAUAUUUUACUUGUAUGUCCAUCGUCGUAUGAUCUCGUUACUCCAACAUCAUUUUAUCCAUAUUGUUAUCGAGUAAAUCAGCAAAAUGUUCUCAAAAAUCAACUGGACGCAAUAAAAGAGUGUGAACAGCAAGAAGCUAGAUUAGCUUGGUUUCAAUCUAUCGAUGAAUUAGAAAAACAUUUAAUGCCAAGAUUGUUUUCACGUGGAUUAACUCAAGAUUUUUGGACAAGUGGAAUAUAUAAUUCAUCGUCAUACCAUUGGCAAUGGCUACAUACAAAUUCUAAAAAUCAAAUCGAUGUUAAUCCAUCAAUAAUAAAACAGUUUGAAAUUAAUUCUCUUGAUGAAUCACUUUAUGUUACAUUUGAUCAAUCGAAAAAUCGACAUUUAAGAGGAAGUUCGCCAUCAGAAAUAUAUUCAACACUAUGCAAAAUAUCAGCAACACGCCGUCUUUUUAAUAGUCAAACACGUUCGAUCGAUCUUAGUUCAUAUCAAACAACUUUUAUGAAUCAGACGCAAGUAUUUAUUUACAAUUUUAAUUAUACUAUACUUCCGAGUAUACCUCUAAGUACAAUUAUUCAACAACCAACAAAUGCACAGUAUGUUACUAUAUGUGAUGCUCUUGGAAAUCCGUCAAUAUCGGUUGAACCAUAUGUAAUUGAUAUAUGUGGGCAUUUUUCUUCAAUUACAAAUAAAAACAUUGAAUUAUUAAUGCAAAAAAUUAGCUCAUAUUAUACUAUUCAUCGAACUUCUAUUGGAUCCAUACAAUUGUAUACUGCUCAACCGUUAAAUGUUGAACAUUACUUGACUGCGACUGGUACCAUAAUGACACGUAUAUAUUUUGUAAUAACAAGUGAAUCAUCAAUAACUCUCGGUUCAAAUAUUGAACCAUUAGCAUCCAUCAACGAUAUAUUGAAUACUAUAAUUUAUCCAGAUUACCAACAAUGUGUUCCAUAUAUAUCUUUAAAUAUUCUUUUACAACUAGAACUAUGUAUUUCAAUAAAUGAAAUUUCACUAUGGAUGAAUUUAAUUACGAAAGCAGUUUCAACAGCUACUCAUCAAUCAAAUGUCAAUGUCAUGCUUAAAGGCGUUCAAGAAGGUGUCACAACUACCGGUCAAUCAGCAAAUAUUGCAUAUUUCUUAAUAACAAUCAAUGGAAUAACAUUUAAUCAAACGAUGAAUAAUAAUACAUCCAUGAAUUCAAUUCUUCUUGAAGCUAUUCGAAAAGGCAACGAAAAAUUAUUGUGUCCGGAAAAAACACACAUUCUCUUCCUAGAACAUAGUGUUCGAAACUUGUACGCUUCUUGUUCAACUCCACAGUUACUUGAAAAGCAAUUAAAUAAUGCUUUACAUCAAGCCGGAAUUUAUAACAUGAAUUUAAAUAUAUUCGGUGUUGAAGAAGCUGUUGAUAGUUUUGGCCGUAUAUAUCAUUUACCAAAUAUCUUUUUACAAGAUCUUAACGGCACUUGGCUUGAUAGUCCACUUGAAUUCAAUGAAGAAUUAUAUGAAAUUUUUAUUUCUAAUCAAAUGCAACGAUUACCCAAUCGUGUUUAUCGUUUAUCAAAAGCAUUCUCAUAUUUCUAUUCAAAUUCAUUAUCCACCGAUGAUCGUUAUUAUUUAGAAAAGCUUAUUUUAACUUUAUACAAUCGACAAAACUCAGUCCUAAGUGAUGAAGUCAAAAUUAUAUAUGAAGAUUUAUAUUUAAAUAGAACUUCAAUGAAUGUAAUUCGGCGUGUUCAUUUAUUUGCGUUUCAUAACGAACAAGAGCUUGAUGGAAGAUAUUUAUCAUCAUUGGUUUUAUCAGCCGAACAAUUUCAUGGAUAUCAAUAUGUACAAAAUCCAUUGAGCUAUAAAUCUAAUCAAAUUCCAGUGAAUAUUAUUAAACAAUAUGAUAUACAUCAAAUAACAUUUUCAGAAAAAAUGAGUCAAAUAUCGGCAGAAAGAAUAUUGAAAGAUUAUUGGCAAAAUCCAGCUAAACAAGGCCUAACAAAAAUAAAUAUUGAUAUCAUACAAUUGCAAGAAUAUCUUACUGAUUCAAUCAAUCAAUUCUAUACAACAAUAAUCUACAGGGCUGUUGCAUUCGAUGAUUAUCCAAUACCAAAUACAUGUUUUAAUCCAAGUUUAAUGCAAAAAAUUCAUAGUUUAUGCACUACAACGCAUUAUUACAUGGCAGAUGUGCCAAUUGGAUAUAUACCAUCGUUUUUUGAUUUAAGAGGAACUUUUUCACAAAUCGAUCUUGACGAAGGCAAUUUUUCGAAAUUAAUUACUGCAUCAUUACAACAAAUGGGUGUUAAUGCAAGAGUUUCAUCUGUACUUGCUGAAUCACGUUUUGGAUUGGAUAGAUCAUUAAUAACACGAGUCUAUUACACGAUGGUACCGAAUCAAAUAAUCAACCAAGAACAAAUCUAUGAUCAAUUACAUCGUACUUUUUCGACCAUACCAACACGAAGAUAUGAGUUAUAUCCAAUGGAAGAAUCAUCUAUUGUACGCUCUGAUGCUCAUCAAUGUAUUACUGAUAUUUUAUCACCAUUUACUGAUUUAACUCGAAAAAAUAUUGAAAAUUAUUUAACAUCCAUUCAUUCACGUAUGCUUAAUUCAAUUCUUAGUCAAUUAAUCGUUUCUCUUUUAGAAUAUGGACAAGGAAAAAUUCUUUAUGCUGAAUCUCUUCCUACAAAUCAAACUCGUUUUUAUUUAACUUUUAUCAAUCAAACACAAUUAAUCAAUAGAUGUGAUUUUUCACUUUAUUGUCCAGGUGUUUCAAAUUUUCAAGAAGAGAAUCGUGGAGUUAAAAGUCUCUAUCUCAAACGGAAUAUAUUUUUAGCUCAAUCAGCUGCACUUGUCGAUACUCUUACACUAAUAUGGAUGAAUGAAUCUAUCCAUGAUUCAAAAAAAAUUUCUAUUCAAUUGCAAAAUCAAAUUCAAUAUAUUUGUCCAGAAGAAAAACGAUCUGUUCGAAUUGAUUAUGUUAUUAAAAAUGUUUCAUUUUAUAAUUUAAAAUCACCCUCGGAAUCAGUAUUCGAAAAAUUUUAUGGAAAAUUCGUUAAUGAUUGCAUUUCAAAUGAAGCAUAUUCAAUAUAUUUGAUCGAACCACGUUUAUCAAACAAAGAAAUUCAUGAAGCACUACAAACCGCCUGGCAUCAAUGGAAUAAUAAGUUUUCAGUAAAUAUUUCUACAGACGUUUUUAUUGAUUCAUCUUAUUUAACAAUUAAAAAUCAAACAUUAAGUCGUUUUAUCUAUACAAUAAAGUCUAAUAUACCAAGAGUUAUCCAACCACUGCCAAGUUCUAUUGAUUUAUCAAAUAUUUAUACCGAUAUUCCAUAUCAACGAUCUACUAUUUAUGUUGAAAAUAAGCCAUUGAACUCAACAGUAUUAUCAAUGAUUAACAAAGUAUUACGGCUAAGUUGGGCAAAAGCAAACAGUUAUCUUUUUUCAUCGGACGAUAUAUCUAUACCGUCCAUAUCCAUGCACAGUACACUAUCAAAAAGAUCUGGCUCCCCUGAUAGUAAUGGACAAAUUAAACUUGACUACAUGAUUGGUUUACGAGCUGGUGAUAUUGGAGAUUAUUCUCAACCAUCUGAACAACUUUAUUCACAAAUAUUCAAUGAAACUAGUUUAAAAACAUCAAUUGAUCUACGUUAUAAACCAAGAAAUACUAAGGAGGCAUCAUCAAAUAACGAGCAAAUAUCGCGUUUUCCAUCUGAUCACCCACCUAGUGAUUCGUUCAAUCUGCUUGAUUGGUGGAUUAUUUUAAUUAUUGUUAUCGCUAUCAUAGCCAUCUGGCUAUUGUUAUGUUUAAUUUGUUAUAUAUGUUGUCGAAAACGAUCAACGAAUCGUUAUCAUCAUAAAAUUUCUGAAAGACCAACUAGACAAAUGGAAGUUCUUGCUCGAGAACAAGAUCAUUAUUUACGUCCAUCAUUAUCUUCAUUGGCAUUUGAUGGACCGUAUGCUGAAUCAUUUAAUUCAUCGGCUGAUGAUCAACAACGUAUAUCUACAAGAACUAUAUCUUCACAACCUGAAUUACAAGUUCGUCGUUUAUCCGAACAAGAUUGGCCACAUUUUGCUAUGCAUAAUCCAUAUGGAUGGUCAUCACUUCUCCUAAACUCACCAUCGUACUCGGCCGAUUCAAAUCGUCCAAUAUAA